AUCUGAAAUGUUAUAGAUAAACAGUAAAGCCCUUCUGGAGAGUGGAGAGAGCUGAAGAGCAGCACCACUAUCAAUGGCUUCUCCGCGCGUGUUCUCCACGUGCCAUCAACCUCCGCUUCUUCCAUCGUCGCUCUCUUCAAAGCCUCUAUUAACCUUACCACGAUUCGUCAAAAGCCCUAGCAGACGGAGUCCAAUUAGAUCCGUUCUCCAAUUCAAUCGCAAACCCCAGCUCGCCGGAGAAACGCCGCGAAUCGUCGUCAUAACCUCCGGAAAAGGCGGCGUCGGAAAAACGACCACCACCGCGAACGUCGGGCUCUCCCUCGCUCGCUACGGCUUCUCGGUCGUCGCGAUCGACGCGGACCUCGGCCUCCGCAACCUCGAUCUACUCCUCGGCCUCGAGAACCGCGUCAACUACACCGUCGUGGAGGUCCUCAACGGCGACUGCCGCCUCGACCAGGCCCUGGUGCGCGACAAGCGCUGGUCCAACUUCGAGCUCCUCUGCAUCUCCAAACCAAGGUCGAAGCUCCCGAUGGGGUUCGGCGGGAAAGCGCUCGAGUGGCUCGUCGACGCGCUCAAAACGAGGCCGGAAGGCUCGCCGGACUUCAUCAUCAUCGACUGCCCCGCCGGGAUCGACGCCGGGUUCAUAACCGCCAUCACUCCGGCGAACGAGGCGGUUCUCGUGACGACUCCGGACAUAACGGCGCUUAGGGACGCGGAUAGGGUCACGGGGCUGCUGGAGUGCGACGGGAUUAGGGAUAUAAAGAUGAUUGUGAAUAGGGUGAGGACUGAUAUGAUCAGAGGGGAGGAUAUGAUGUCUGUGUUGGAUGUGCAGGAGAUGCUUGGCUUGUCUUUGCUUGGUGCGAUUCCGGAAGACUCUGAGGUGAUUAGGAGCACCAACCGUGGGUUUCCGCUUGUUUUGAAUAAGCCUCCGACGCUUGCGGGGCUGGCGUUUGAGCAGGCGGCGUGGAGGCUGGUGGAGCAGGAUAGUAUGAAGGCUGUUAUGGUGGAGGAAGAGCCUAAGAAACGUGGCUUCUUCUCUUUCUUUGGUGGUUGAAUGGAAACGAACUGGAACUGUGAAUUGGAGGACUUCCUCGGGUAUGUCUGCGUCAAAUGCGUUUGUACAGGAACUAGAUUUUUUUUUGAAGGUUUUGUCUCUUUUGUCUGAGAAUUAAGAUUCGUUCCUAGGACAAUUGGAAUUCUACUGUUAGUUUGUUGCUGAGUUUAAGCUUUGAUUCUAUUGUCUAUCUUUCUUGAUGUUCUUGAGUUCUGUUUCUGUAUCUGUUUAUGUUAAAACUGAGAUUUUCCAAACAUAUCUCGAGUUCUUGUGUCA